AUGAACAAACUGAUCAUGGACACGUGGGGUGAGAAAGUCGUUCAUUAUAUUGUACAUCCACGAGAUGGCCGAGGAAUGCCGCGAGAAGAGAUCGAACUUUUACGUGAGGGCGACUCCAACCCUUUCAGUAAGAAGGAGAAAAAAGAUCGUUACGCUGAAAUAUACAAGAACAUCUGCGAGUCUUUAUAUGCGUAUCUCGCCUCAAAUAUGGAGUCGUUGAUUUUCGAGCACAACAGGUCUAAAUUCAUCGCCGCUUGUUUGGAAACCACAACUAUGAUCUGUUCGAUCGCCAAGUUCCGCCUGAGAUGCGUCAAAAAUGUAAACGAGGCGCUCGCUCAGAUAGCCAAACAGGAAUUUAUACCCAUGGACAAUGAACGCCUCCACCUGAUUGAGCAUCCUGCUGGGCACUUUGUCUUGAUGGCUGUGUGUGAUAAUGCCUUAGCCGAGGAUCAGAGAUUAUCCGUUGAGAUUGUCAAUUCGUUAUCCAAAGAGGACUUAGGUUCAUGGAUUUGCUGUAAUAAGGGCUGCCACGUUUUGCUGAAGAUGCUCCAUUGUGGAUCGAGUACCGUGAAGCAAAAAGUGAAGGAAGCGGUAAACAUGAAGCAGCUGAAGGAAUACACUUUCCGAGGAGCCACAUUACUUGCUGAUGACUGGCGAUAG